AUGGGCUGGUCAUGGCCGCAGAUCAAGCAGAAGCUUCAAUGCCCAAAGGACGAAAAUGCAUAUUAUGAAAACACCACAUGGUGCAACCGCGACCUGAUUCCAAUUCCACCGGACCGACGCACGUAUGGAGUUUGGUCUUAUUUCGGGUACUGGACUGUCUCCGGGUCUUGUAUCUCGGCUUGGUCGACGGGUAGCACGUUGCUGGCCCUUGGGCUAAGCCCGCAGCAGGCCAUCGGUGUUGUGAUUAUUGGCGGUGUACUAGCUGGCCUUCUAGCGGUCGCGUGUGGGUGGAUGGGAGAGAACCAUCAUAUAGGAUUCACUGUCUCGAGUCGGUUUUCGUGGGGGAUGCGAGGGUCCUACUUUCCUGUUAUCCUACGAUGCUUCGUAUCUUGUAUGUGGUUUGGCAUGCAGGCAUUUUGGGGUGGUCAAGCAACGAGAGUCAUGAUCGGUGCUAUCAUUCCUGGAUUCGCUCACAUGCAUAACUACUUUGACCCUGGAUCUCAUCUGCAGACGAAGGACUUUAUCGGUCUAGUGAUCUGGAUGUGCGCUUUUAUACCGGGUCUUCUCAUUCGCCCGGAGAAGCUGCAGAUACCAUUUGUGGUUUGCUUUACCUGUUUCUGUGGAGCAUGCUUCGGUAUUCUGAUUUGGGCUGUGUCAAAUGCCCACGGCGCAGGCAGCCUGUUCCAUGAACCAGCUAAAGCCCCCAAUGUUGGCUGGUCCUUUAUGUUUGGCAUCACCGCUAUCCUGGGCUCUUGGGGAUCUGGAACCUUGGGUCAAUCGGACUGGACUCGUUAUGCUAAUCGAAGAUUUGCCCCUACGCUAUCUCAGCUAGUUGCAUCUCCCUUGACUAUUGCGGCCACAGCAAUUAUUGGGAUUGUUGUCACCAGCGCUUCGCAUGAUGUGAUGGGUGGCGAACUUCAAUGGAACCCAAUUUAUUUGCUCGCAGACAUCCAAGACUAUUAUGGCUCUAGCUCUGGAGUCCGCGCGGGCGUCUUCUUUGCUAGCCUUGGCAUGAUUUGCUCCCAGUUUGCGAUCUCAGUUGUUCUAAACUCAGUUUCGUGUGGUAUGGACAUGGCCGGUCUUUGGCCGAGAUAUAUUAAUAUCAGGCGGGGGGCGUAUAUCAUGUGCUGCAUUGGAAUUGCAACCCAACCAUGGCAGUUAAUAUCGACCGCAGACAAGUUCCUGUCUGUCUUAAGUGGAUUUGGUGUCUUCAUGGCACCUGCAACCGGGAUCAUGCUUGCCGACUACCAUCUCAUCCGGCGGUACAAACUUCGGCUUAGUGACUUGUACACAGGCGACAAAUCCUCCAUCUAUUGGUUCCUCAAUGGAGUCAACCCACGGGCAUUCGUAUCAUUCUUAGCAGGAAUGUGGCCACUUCUUCCUGGUAUGGUCGCAACUGUUGACUCAAAUUCCACGAGCCAGUGGGUCGGCUGGGUGCGGCUCUACAAUCUCACCUUCCUUGUCGGUCUUGCCAUGAGCUUUUCGGUCUUCUGGGCACUAAAUAAGAUAUUCCCUCCUGGUAGUCUGGGCCAAGAGUCUCCGUUUGUUGACGAAGAAGUUCUUUUUUAUGGAGGCUCGAAGGCGAGCCCUGAGACAUCCUCGCAUACUGAGAAACAGGAGACAGUAACUACUGUUGUGUAA